UAUACUUUUAUUCUGGAUAAUAUAAAAUUAAAAUAAUUAAAACAUUAAAAAUUACAAAUGGAAAACAAGUAUGAAGUAUUUUCGCAGCAUUUAUCAAAGCUACGAAUCCCCGGAGCACAUGAUAAAGUUUACAAAGAUGAAUGUGUUUACUCAUUUGAUACACCGGAAAUUGAAACUGGAUUGUAUGUAAAUUUAACCACUUUCUUAGGUUUCGGUAAAGAUUUCGUUGAUUUUUAUUACAAGAAAACUGGCAAUGCAGUAUUCUUACACAUUAAAAAGACCAAAUACGAGAUCGAAUCGCCACAGCAAGGAGAUGGCCCAGAAAAAAAGAUUACUCGACUUGCUAUUGGAGUUGAAGGUGGUUUUAAUCCAGAAAGUGGUGCUGUAAAAUAUGAAGUAAUCGAAAACUAUUCUGUAGUUGUUUUACCAGAUUUUGUUACUUUUAAUUGGCCAGAUUCGAAUUUACCAAAGGCUGUAAGCGAAUCAGUUCGUGGAGUUUUAGAAUCACAGUCUGCUACGAAAGUAGCAGAAUUAGAAGCAUUAGCCGGUUCAUGGGACGGAGAAGCAAGACUUGUUUCAAAACAUGCCGAUUCUCUAGUACAAUUGGAUAAUGGUAUAAAAAUACCACCAAGUGGCUGGAAAUGUGAAAAAUGUGAUCUUACCGAAAAUUUAUGGUUAAAUUUAACAGAUGGCUCAAUACUUUGUGGUCGAAAAUUUUAUGAUGGUACUGGAGGAAAUGAUCAUGCUGUUGAACAUUAUAAACAAAGUGGAUAUCCGUUAGCUGUAAAACUUGGUACAAUCACUAAAGAGGGUAAAGCAGAUGUUUUCAGUUAUGAUGAAGAUGAUAUGGUUGAAGAUCCAAAUCUUAGUAAACAUCUUGCCCAUUUUGGUAUAAAUAUUACACAAAUGGAAAAGACUGAAAAAUCUAUGCUCGAAUUAGAAUUAGAUUUGAAUCAAAAAGUAGGUGAAUGGGCCGCAUUACAAGAGAGUGGUGGUGUACUUAAACCAUUAUAUGGUCCUGGUUAUACAGGAAUGGCUAAUUUAGGAAAUUCAUGUUAUGUAAAUAGUGUAAUGCAAGUUAUAUUUAUUAUUCCUGAUUUUGUUAAACGUUUUGUGGAUAAAGUACCAGAAAUAUUUUAUAGUAAUUACACAGAUCCAGCAAAUGAUUUUAAUGUUCAAGUUGCGAAAUUGGGUUCAGGAUUAUUAUCUGGAAAAUAUUCAAUACCUCCUCCAGCCGGAUCUCCGGUAGAUGCUGAUUCACCUGGAAUUUCCCCACAUAUGUUUAAAACUUUGGUUGGGAAAGGACAUGUCGAUUUUAGCUCAAAAAAACAGCAAGAUGCUCAAGAAUAUUUUCUGCAUUUCUUAGAUUUAGUAAAUAGACACAGUCGUCACCAGAGUUUAAAUCCAGCUGAUGCAUUUAAAUUUUGUUUGGAAGAACGAUACCAAUGUGGAGUAAGCAAAGGUGUCAAAUAUUUACAACGUAGUGAUUGGUUAUUACAUUUACCAAUUCCUUUGCAAGCUGCCACAAAUAAGGAAGCCGUAGCAGCGUAUGAAGCAAAAAAAGCUGAAUUGGAAGCAUCUGGCAAACGAAUAGAUCCAGAACAAAUCGUUCGUCCAAGAAUCAAAUUAUUUUCGUGUCUUGAAGCAUUUACACAAUCAGAAAUUGUUGAACAAUUUUACAGUACGGCUGUUAAUGAGAAAACUACAGCUCGAAAAACCACAAGAUUGGCUAGUUUUCCAGAUUAUUUAAUGAUUCAUGCAAAGAAAUUUAUGUUACGCGAAGAUUGGGUUCCAAUCAAAUUGGACGUAGCCUUAGAAGUUCCAGAUAUUUUAGAUGCUAGUAGUUUACGAGGUACCGGUUUGCAACCAGAUGAAUUUCUCUUACCACAAACAAAUAAUCCUCCCCCAGAGCCAACAUACGAUGAAAAUAUAUUAUCACAAUUGGUUGAAAUGGGUUUCCCAGCCGAAUCAUGUAAACGAGCCUUAUUUUUCACUCAUAAUAAUGGCUUAGAAGCGGCUACCAAUUGGAUUAUGGAACAUAUUGCCGAUGCUGAUUUUUCAGAUCCAUUUGUUCCACCAGGAACUGAUAAUGCUUCGGGAAGUGGAAAUUUUGUACCUGAUGAAAAUGGUGUUGAACUUUUAUGUGGAAUGGGUUUCACUCGUCCACAAGCAACAAAAGCUUUAAAAGCUACGGAUAAUAAUAUUGAACGUGCUGCCGACUGGAUAUUUAGUCAUCAAGAUGAAUUAGAUUCGAUUGAUGAUUCGAAUACACCCCCUGAAGCACAAUAUCGUGAUGGAAAUGAGAAAUAUCGUUUAGUGGCGUUUAUAUCACAUAUGGGCACAUCGACAAUGGUGGGGCAUUAUGUAUGCCAUAUUUUACGUGAUAAUCAAUGGGUUAUUUACAACGAUAAUAAAGUGGCUGUAUCUGAAAAUCCACCCAAGGAAUUGGGUUAUUUAUAUUUAUAUGAACGAAUUGCUAAAUAAUAAUUUACGUUGCU